GGGCGCAAGGCGUCAUGGGAAAAGGAAGCAGCUCCUCUGCCGAAAGCACAGAGCCGACGCUCCGACAAAAAGGCUUAUUUACAGUACUUCCUGAGCUAGGUGGUUGUCGUGUUCAUCUCGACUAGCGUCAUUUAAUCGCUUACUAAUGAAAUAUAAACUAAGACGAACUAUGUUAAGUGAAUAAACGGUAACUUCGUCGCAUACCGGUAUCAUCUCGUUGUUAGUUUUCGGCAUAACAGGCUAACCUGUUAGCUGUUAAAUAGGUUGAAUGGAAGUAUCUUAAAAAUAAACUCAUUUUCGAAAUAACUUUUAUUGAGGAAAUAAUAACACAGUGGAAAGAAGUCGGAGUGAAAAGUUUUGUUUUGCGAAAGGAAAAACGUUACACGUAGGCGUGAGCGGCAACUUCGCGAAGUGUGAUCACUAGUAAAUAACUGCUAGCUCUCUAGCAAGCUUACGUCGCCUACCUGAUCGAGGAGCAACGUCAUAUCAGACUGAUUUUCUGCGACGCUUUGCAAUUAAGUAUAUCACCACGGACGGAAACGGUGAAUAUCAUCAAGGCGAAUUGAGGAUGAGCUACAAGCCGAUUGCACCCGCCCCUGCCGGGUCAAACCACACGCCACCAGGCUCCAGUGUUCCAUCCCCCUCCCUCCCCUCCUCCUCCAACUUCAGACCAGCUUUCAGUGAUUUUGGGCCACCGUCCAUGGGCUUUGUACAGCCUGUGAAAGUUUCUCAGGGAUCCACAUACAGCGAGUUGCUGUCUGUCAUUGAAGAGAUGGGCCGUGAGAUCCGGCCCACUUAUGCUGGAAGCAAGAGUGCCAUGGAGAGACUUAAGAGAGGUAUCAUCCAUGCUCGUGCUCUUGUACGGGAAUGUCUGGCUGAGACGGAGAGAAGCGCUCGCACAUAAUCUCCCCACGGCCAUUUCAUUUCUGCCCCAAACCCUUUCACUCACACCUAUUCCUUCCAAAUCUCACCCACAUGUGCACAUACAACACCUCCCUCCCCCUUCACUCAGUCACAAGCCCAGGCAGACCCACCCUCCCUUAAGCAUUUACAGUUUUCAGAUAGGGCCAAUGCUGUUAGUGUGGCUUUUUUGUAAUCCUGAUUUUUGCAGUUUGAGUACUUGUAUCAAGAAUAAAGUGAAUCAUUAAUAGAAAACCA